UGAAGUAGCACAUGCGUGCGCAGUAGCGUCGUCCGGUCUUGGAGAGACUCGGAAACAUUCCGCUGAUUCGGCCCGAAACAGAAAGGAAAGAAAAGGAAAACGUUACCGAGCUACUGUAGCUUCGUUUAUAAUUACGUUACUUCACAAAUCAGCUGCGAAACAUCAUGGCAGAUCCGAUGACACAGUCUCACCAGAUAUCUUCGUCACAAGGGCUGAACGAUGGACACUCCAAAGACUCAAAGUUUUCCGAUUCCUUUUUUUCCUCUUCACCUGUAUCUCUCAUUAAGUCUCCUCAAGACAAAAGAGUGGCACUGGAUUCUGACAAGCCAUCAGAUGUCUUGUCCACCUCGCUUCGCUUUUCCUCUCAACAGAGUUCAUUUUCAUCUGUGACUUAUGGAAAUGAGUCCGCAGGUCCCCCAUCAAACAGAGAUCGUAGUUUCCGAGAGAAAAGAGAGCUCUUCGAAUCAACUAUUUCAUCUCAAAACCAGGAUUCAACCCCCAUAAAGGUGUCCCCUGUCUCUGAGAGAAUUAAAGCCCUGGAAGCCUUAGCUGCAAAGAAAAAUGAUUCUGAUUGGACUGAUGGAGGGUUUCAUUUCAGAGAGCGCAACAAUGAAAAGUCCCCGACUGAACAACAAGGCAUUUCAUAUCGUUCAUCCAUCAAGAAGAAGCCCCCAUCGACAGAACAAGAUUCUCCAGAAUCACCCUUUGAAAUUCUUGGGGGUUCUAGACGUGGAAGUGACUUUGAGGAUACUGCUGACUGGAUGAGGGCUCAUUUGCCCCCAGCACCUAACUUCAACCUUGGAGAAGCUGACUUUGAUGAAAAAGAAGAAUCCUUUAUAAAAGAAGAGAGCCCACCUAAAGAGACAAAAAACAAAGACAUGAGGACCACAAACAUUUCUGAAUCUUUCGUAGGUGUACCUGCUGAAUUCAUGGACACUCCAGUUGAAGUUGAAGCCAAUCAAAUAAAUGAUGAUGCUAAUCAGUCCAGGCAAGACAGUGUUGAGAAUGAGUCCGCAUUUGAUCUCAGAUUUUUACCUACAGCUUACAUAUAUGACCAUCAAGAAAAGUCUGACAUAGAAGCUCAUGACCCACCAUGUCUUCCAGAAACUCAAGUUUCAGAGGUAACUGUGUCCCCAGCACCACCUGAUGAUUUUAAGUCUCCUUCCCUGGUAUCUUCAGCUCCUGUUUCCCAGACUGUCCCAAAUGCAAUAGAGGAGUCUGGCAUUCUAGGUGUUGGGGAUCCUCCAGAGAUCCUUGAAGUUGACAGCUCUGGUGAAUCAGAUGAUACAGUGAUUGAAGACUCAGAUGGUGUUAGUCAUGCUGCAGGCACAGAUGCUCCUGAUUGUACAUCUUCUACAAACAUUGAGGCUCUGCCACAAAGGCAGGAGAAACCAAUUAUGCAGGUGCCAAUCAUUAAUGUCAUUGAGACAGAGGAACAGGUUUUUAGCGAUUAUGAGGUAGAAGAGGAGGAAGAGGAGGAGGAUGAGCAGAGAUAUCAGAUUACGCAUGAGCCUACCAGCGAGGCUUCACUACCAUCUGAAGAUAAUUCAGACGUUUCAAAAUCAAUAACUGAAGAAACGCUUCCAAAAGCAACAAUUCUUGCAGAUUCCGAUGCAGAUUAUUCUCCAGGACCUAAAAUCGUCAGUGAUGAAGCUGAGGAGGAUGCAAUUAACCAGAUUUGUCUAGACUCGAAGAGUCUCAAUUUGGAGAACUCUCAAGCAGAGUCACCUGUGUCACCAAAUACAAAUUCAGCUUCAGGGGAAUCUACAAUGAACUCUGUAAAGUCGGAUAAAACCGAAGAAUUUGUAAAUGACCUUUCUGGUCCCAAGGAUCUUUUGAAUGAGGUUGAAUCCAGUGACAUAGAUACUUAUUUGGAUCAUUAUUCCAGCGAGGAGCAAGCUUUGAAAGACCAGCUAAAUUCAGGCCUGUUUACUGAGAAUAUUGGAGAAACUAAUGAGCAAAUGAAGUCUAACUUUGUCCAAGACAGUUGGGAGAGUACCAUGUAUGAUCAACAGUCAUAUGACAAAGUUGCCAUUAAUGAAUUUGAUGAGAUGUAUAUAGAAUCUAAGUCUAAUUCUAAUUCAUUUCCUGAGCCUUCUUCUGCUGGCAUCUCAAUCACUGAAGAAGUCCAAGUGGAGCCACUGGUAUUACAAAACAAGAUACCAAGUCUUGAACUUGAAGAGCCGUGUCUAGACCAAGAGACCAUAACUUCAUCCGAAGAAGGUAACUAUGUGACUCAGUCUGUUGAAGAAGAGACCGCUCCUGCUCUGUUUCCCUCUUUUCACAAUGAUGCAACGGACAGAAUCACUGAAGUGAUGUCUGAUUUUGUGGGCAGUGAUCUAACUAAGAUAUUAGUGAUGACGAACUCUGAACAAGAUGAACUAAUCCAGUGUAAUGCUCCAGACAGCGAGUUGUUACCAGAAAUCUCCAACCCACCUGAAAGUACUGAACCAGAAUCUUCCACAAUAGCUGCGACAGAUAGCUUUGUAGAGUUCAUGAGGGAAUGUUUAAAGUCACAACAGGAUGAGGAUUCCAAAAGCCUUGACCCAGGACACAUCAGCCAGCAACCUAUACCUGUUACCUCAUCGUCCAGUGCAACAGUUAUAGACCUGGAGCAGGAGCACCUUACUAUCAAUGCUCUCAAGGAGCUUGGAAGCAGCCAAGACAAAGAUGAAAUCAGUGUUCCUAACAAAGAUGUCCCAGUCUCUUUAAAAGCUGAGCCUUCACAACCUUUAUCUAAACAUGGCACGAUUCACACAUCUCAGCGUCUUCUAAAUGAGUCUCAGCCAGAUGCUUCUUUAACUGAAGAGGUAGAGGCAAUCGAUGUCUGGGUGGCAGAGGCCUACCACCUCGCUGAGCAUGUCUUGACACUAUUACUAACCCACCUGUCAGUACGUGACUUGGUGUACUGGAGGGACCCUAAGAAGUCGGGUGUGGUGUUUGGCACGUCCUUGCUGCUGCUUCUGUCUCUGGCAGCGUUCAGUGUGAUCAGCGUCCUCUCCUACCUACUUCUGGCUCUGCUCUGCGUCACCAUCUCUUUCCGUGUCUACAAGGCCGUCGUCCAGGCUGUACAGAAGACCAGUGAUGGCCACCCCUUCAAGCAACUGAUGGAGAAGGACGUCAGCUUGUCUCCCGAGGGUUUCCGCAAGCACGUGGAUGGGGGUCUGACCUACGUCAACCGUGGACUCAAGCAGAUGAUCCGACUCUUCCUGGUUGAAGACCUGGUGGAUUCUCUCAAGCUGGCGGUGUUGAUGUGGCUUCUGACAUACGUGGGUGCUGUCUUCAAUGGCAUCACCAUUCUUAUUCUUGUGGACAUCCUUGCCUUCACUGUACCACCUUUGUAUGAGAAAUACAAGACCCAGAUUGAUCGCUACAUCGACAUUGCACGCACUCAAUUUAACAACGUGGUGGCCAAGGUCCAAGAGAAGCUGCACAAAGGAAAGCGCACUAAAGCCGAAUAAUCCAUGUCUCCAACCCCAUCACGACCACACUCUAGAAUCCCUCUAGCUCCUCGUCUCCUCUAUCCCUGCUCUCCUCCACUCUCCUUCAGUUUAAUCUCACCCCGAAAACCUUCUCAGCAACCAUGUGCACUGAACCAGCUUGUCUCUUAAUCACAGAAGCUUCUCGAUAUUCAACGUUAACUCUGACGCUUAACCACGAGCAGCAGCGAUGACGCUUGGGGCUUCCGGACGCUGGUGACUUAAACACAGGAAAUGAUGUAAUUCCACAACUGGAUGCCUGAUUGUGGCACCCAACUUUGGGCAGGGUGUGUGAACUAGACUAAAUUUAUGACCUGGUAUUGGAGUGUCUGCUGAAGAUGUGCUGUUAUUCAGUAAAAUAAAGAAUUAAAGAUGUUUACUACAAAUGUCUGUACCUUUAAAAACGAAUUCUGUAAUAAAGGAAGGAAAAUAUGUUGACAAAUAUUUUCACCUACAGGAACGCUGGGUGGAUCUGUUUAACUGAUUAUUUACCACACCUUGAACACUGACUCAUGUAUUAUAAAUCUACAAUGUACUCACACCUACAUGCAGAUUGUAAGGAUGGUUUUGAGAAAGUCACGUUGCCAGCUGUGAUAAUUUGGUCUAGUUCGCUUACCUGACCUGUUACGGCGUUAAUUUUUAUUAUGUAUGUGUAUAUAUAGUAAGAUUACAAGCUCUUCGCUGUAAAGAAGUAGUUUGCAUUGCAUUUUCCGUUUAAUUGCAUAUGUUCUUCGACGUCUGUCUGAGACUUGGUCUGCUGAGUUCACACGUAACGUGUUAUGACUGUUCAGACUAGGAUCGUUAGGUCACGCAGGAUAGCUGCUCUUGAUUUUGCAGGCUGGCAUUUGGUAUUAAUAUUUUUACGCUUUAGUUAUUUGCAUAGUAUUUGUGAGAAUCAAAAUAGCAGAGAUGUUACUGUUACUUUUUUCUUUUCUUUUAUGAAGAGAUGGAUUGAAAAGUAUUAGUGCUCACGUUCCACUAAAAGGAUUUUCUUCUUCUUGUCGGCUGAAUUUGCCUCGGGCCUGUCUACACUAAUAUGAAGAUAUAUAAAUGAUGCCUUUUUUGGCUUUGUGGUAGAAGUGAAACCUAAUUUUCGGCCAAUAUACCCAUAUCUUUUUAAAAACUCUCUAUGGCCUAAUAAUGCAGCCUUCCUAAAUCCUGUUUUAGAUGCUGGGCCUUUGUCACAUGAUCCCAGCUUUCCUAAAAUUUAAAAAACAAUUCUCCAUUCUAAGCUCCCAAGUCAUAAAGAAUUCACCCUGCAUUAGUAAGAUGAUUCCACAGCCUCUGUAGCUUGUAGUAGAGUCCAAAAGAGGAAAAUGGGCCCUCGUCUCAGGGUGGAAUUUAAGGUAUUCCUCACUUUCUUGAAGAGCAAUGCCAGCCAGUUAUGGCCAUCUGUGGUCGUAAUAUCCAUAAUAGAUCAUUUUGUAUCUAUUUCAAGGUUUCCUAUAAAGAUCCACGAGCUGUGAUUUAAAAGAAGGCAGUGGCUGACUUGAAUUGUCCGAUUGUCUCAGAUUGGUAGCCGUCAUGUGAUGGACACAACAUUGUAGCUAAAUUGGAAGACAAAUAGACGCCCAGGUGGCGCAGCGGGAUAUUCCGCUAGCACACCAGCACCGAGCUUCUGAACUUCUCAGUUCGAAACUCGGUGUUGCCACCGACAGUAAUUGGCAGUGCCUGCAGCAGACACUAAUUAGGGUGGGGGCCGGACUAUGUGUGGGUGGGUGGGUCUUCAAACGCUGUGUAAGGACCCUGAUUGGCGGAAGAGACGCCUGUGCAGAAUGCAGGGGCGAGAAGAGGAGGGCUGUACACGUGUCGGAAGAGGCGUGUACAGCGACGUGCUCUCCUCGGAUGCAAUCUGGUAUCUCUCGGCAGCGAAAGACAAAAUUAAGUGCGAUAAAUCGGGAGGAAAAUGGGGAGAAAAUGCAAAAUAAAAAAAUAAGUUAUAGUUUAUAAAUAUAUAAUUUUCUUUUGCCUUUGUCCAAAUUGAUUGUUGGCUUUAAAACUUAGACUAAGACUUAUUAGCUGCAGUGUCUCAAUUCUCAAAUUACUGUACUAAAACAUAUGUUCAGCUAGUACACCCAUUGUGUUACCGUUUUACAUACUUAUCAGUAAGUAGUAUGAGCUUUGGGACGCAGCCUUUGACCUAAUUUGGGUAUGAUCUAUAAAUUGUAAUGUGGUUUGGAAUCUUUAAAUGUAGCCAUAUUAGUGUGGACACGGUCUUUAAUCACCAUUUGGCGUGAUGGUAUCGGAGUGUUUUUUUGUUUUAUUUUCUUUUUAAAGUGAAGUGGCUUCUAAAGAUCUUGUAAAUAGGGCUGAAAUGUCAUACAAUUGCAAAAACUGGGAAUAUUCAUGCAAAUGUAUUCCAGUAUAUGCUUCGUUUCAUGAGAGUGGACUGACUGGUCAUCUUACACCAGAAAUGCAGCAGUUAACAGUUUAAACAGUUAUGUCUAUAAGCAGUGAAAUAUGUGUAAAAUACUCAAUAUUCAGUAUGCUUAGCUUGAUGCUUGUUUGCUCUGUAUUCGACACUGGAUUCUACCUGGCCUUGCUUCCAAUACUAUGCAUAUAGGCGACAGUGUCAAAAGUGCACCUAUAUUUAUUACAGUAACUACUGCUAACACAGAUGUCUGCCAACUGCUGAAUGUUAUCUUCUAAUAUUUAUAUAGACGUCCCACAUAAAUGCAGUCUUCAGUGUUCACUAUAGAAAUUCAUCAGGAAUUUGCUGUGUGUGGAUUGUCCUUAAGGGGUAAAUACACUAAGCAUGGUAUUGAUAAACAACUAACAACCUCUACAAGGUUUCUGUUGGGUCACUUUGCUCAUAAAGUUCAUCUUCAGUCUUUGAAUCAAGAUCCUGACUGUUUAAGACAUUUAAGAUUUGCUUUUGUCUAUGCAUGUAUGCUAGCAGCAGAUCCAGGUCCACUCAUGAACAGGUGAAUCCUUUACUUUACAGUUGUACUUGUGUUGCUCAAAUAUGCAUUAUAUAACUUGGGUCAUGGGUGUGGUGAUGCUUGAAGAAUAGCUUUAGUUCUUUUGCCCAACACUUAAGAAAUACUACCUGUGUUUAGAUUAUUAGAUGCAGAUCUCUCAUAUUACAGAUUUGAACUGAAUUCUUUAGCCUAUCAGUAUGUUUUCUGUCCAUUUUCUUUUGGAGUUUCUCUUGGGGAGGGAGUCGCAAAAGUCAUGAUUUCUUUGUGUUUUGCUUUUGACUUGAUAACAGAAUGUGACAACUAAUCCAUGUUCAGUUUGUUAGUUCUAAGUUAAGUUAAUCUUGGAGUGUUGAGAAUAAAAAGGGGGUUGCUGUAAUUGUUGACAUUAAAUUAAUAAAACUAUUAAAAGAA